UCCUGAUACCGGCAGACGAAACCGUAAAACGUUACAAAGCUCGAAGCUACAUUCUUUCAAGUUUAAACCCACGCCUCUCUGUUAUCAAACCCUCCUCUCUUCUUCUCAGGAUCAGAAUUUUAGACCUCAAAACCUGUAAGAUCCAAUUCACUAAUCAAAACGACUUAAUAACAGAUUCACAGGAAAAUAGGCUUUGAGUUUCGUUUGACGUUCUAUAUGCGUGUUGUUUGUAAAUUUAUAAGAAAUGCAGGGCCGGGGAUCAAGCCACCGGCUAUCAGGCUCCUCUUUUGCGUCUCGAGUUUCGGCUCUUUUGCUCGCCAUGUUUGCAACCAUGGCUACCGUUUAUGUCGCUGGCCGUAUUGAUAGUCUAUGGCAGGACGCAGAAAGUAGGGAAUAUUUGCUUGGGGAGAUUCAUAAGAAAACCGGUCAGGGCCAAUCUUCCUUAUCUGUGGAUGAUACACUGAAACUUACGACAUGCAGAGAACAUCACAAAAAGUUAUCGGCCCUUCAGAUAGAGUUGGCUGCAGCUAGAGAAGAAGGUUUCACAUCAAAAUACUUUUCAGAAAAUGACAGCACUCAUACUAAGAAAAAGUUCUUAGCAGUAAUAGGAAUUUUAACAACAUUUGGCCGCAAGAAAAAUAGAGAUGCAAUUAGGAAGGCAUGGAUGUCAACUGGUGUUGCCUCAAAAAAACUGGAGGAGGAAAAGAGAAUCAUUGUGAGAUUUGUGAUCGGAAAAAGUGCAAAUCAUGGAGACAAUUUGGACAGGGAAAUUGAAAGUGAAAAUAGGCAGAGUAAUGACUUCAUUAUUCUUGAUGAUCAUGUGGAAGCACCUGAGCAACAUCCAAAAAAGUCAAAACUGUUCUUCAUCCAUGCUGUAGAGAAUUGGGAUGCUGAGUUUUAUGCUAAGGUCAACGAUGAUGUUUAUAUUAAUAUUGAUGGCCUAGGAGCAAUGCUCUCCACUCAUUUUGAUAAGCCUCAAGUUUAUAUUGGGUGCAUGAAAUCUGGCGAGGUUUUCUCUCAACCGACCGACAAAUGGUAUGAACCAGACUGGUGGAAUUUUGGAGAUGGAAAAUCAUACUUUCGCCAUGCUUCAGGAGAAAUAUAUGUUAUUUCACAUGCUCUGGCACAGUUUAUUUCAAUUAACAGGUCUAUGCUUCGUACAUAUGCCCACGAUGACGUUAGUGCUGGAUCGUGGUUUAUUGGGAUUGAUGUUAUGUAUAUUGAUGAACGAAAACUUUGCUGCUCACCCUUGUCAACUGGAGCAAUUUGUGCAACAGUUUGAUCUAUCUUGGCCAGAUACUAUUAACACAAUCAGUUUAUAUAGAGGAAGGCCAUUGUUUUCCUGCAUGGUUCUAAAUACUGCUUGUGACCUGAACUCAAGAGUUUGAAUGCUCAUUUAUGCCGAAAGCUGAUUGUGACCGACUCAGAAGUGUGGAUAUGCUGAUCUGAUAGGUUUUUGCGGGAGCAUACUGAAAAUACUUUGUUUUUCUGGAAUAUCCUGAUGUGAGCAAUGUAUUCAGCUUUGCCAAAGAUUUCUACAAUGUAUUAUUUUAAUCAUUCCUCUCUCUCUCUCUCUCUCUCUCUAUCUCUUUCUCCAAACAAUCUUCUCUGCUCCUUGAAUACCAAUGACUUCAUCUGUAAGUGCAAUGGUGGCUCUAAUUUGAAAAUUUUCUCCUUUAUUAUCUCCAA